AUGGUUUCCCAAGCGGCAGCACCUACCCACAAUGCCCUCGACUUCAACGUCGGAGGACCCCUGACUGGGCCGGGAACACCCUCGUCCACCAUCGGAACCUCUGGCGAGUUCGAUACCGUCUUGGUGACUGUCGGAGCCCUGUGCAUCGAGGACGCGGAUGCCAGUGCUGCCGCCAUAUUGGUCCUCUCUGUGUCGGACCGAGACAUGUCUUGCCCGGCCGAGUCCCUCGCGAUCGGCAUCCAUCUCUUAACCCGAGAUGCCCACGUGUUACAAUUGUUCGCACCUUCGCCGCCACCACCGCCACCGACCCUGCCAGUGCUGCGCCGCCCGCGAUUCUCUAUCGGCUUGACGAGGAUGAUCGUCGCAAUCGUCGUGAGCACGCUUGCGACAGCCCACGUUCCGAACGCCGCCACCGAAAAAUUGAAAAUCGGAACGGCGCUUUCGGACGUGCUUCCGGUAACCUUCUUCUCGUUUUCGCUCGCAAGAUCUUGA